CACUAGGGAAAACAUUUUUAGUAUCUCAGUCUGAAGGUGGGACAAUUUAAGAAAAUACUUAAAAAGGAGAGUUGUGUAGUUUGAUAGCACACACAUCAUUAUGGACCCCUCUAAGUCUGCGACCGCUCCUCCGGAAUGGGCUGGUGAGAAGUCCAACAUGGGCCAUGCGUCCCCUCCACCCUACCAGGACCAGCCGUACCCGGGAUACCCUCAGCCCGGCCCGGGAUACCCUCAGCCCGGCCCGGGAUACCCACCACAACAGCAGGGCUAUGGACCUCCGCCGCCGCAGUAUGGAGGUGCUUAUGGGCAACAGCAGUACCCAGGAGGACAGCCUGCCACCGUCACUGUCCAGCCUACCGUGUACGUGACCCGAGGCCCGCUGGCUAACCCUGUCAACGACUACUUGUGCUACUCCAUCUUCACCCUCCUGUGCUGCUGCCUGCCACUUGGAAUUGCUGCCCUCAUCUAUUCCAUCUCAGCCCGUGAAGCCAACCAUUCCGGGGACCAGGUUUCGGCAGAGCGGAGCAGCAAGAUGGCCAGGACACUGAACCACGUGGGCCUGGGACUCGGCAUCGGGUUCCUCAUCCUCUCCAUUGUUUAUGUUGCGGUGUUGGCAAAUUCACAUUAAAUAGUAAAUCUGUUUCAUCAUCCAUCCCAUAUUCCUAGUUCCGGUAAUCAGACCACAUGAGGAAUAUUACUGGCCAUCAGGAAGAGUUAUUUGUUGAAAAUGUGUUACCAUGAAGUCCCCUGAUUGGCUGAAAACUAUUGAUAUAUUAAUCCACAGUAGAUGGCUUUGUAAUCCUUUCCCCUCCAGCACUGUAGAGAGUUUCCAGUACAACCUUCCAAAUAUUUCUUCAACAUUUAUUGUGCUUUCUAUGUUAUCACACAUCAAAAACAACCUUAAAAUAUGUUUCCAACUUUGAUGCCUUAUAAGUAGUGCCUUAGGUCGGUGUUGCUUCACCACACGUAGUAUUAUCCAAAGUGUUGCACCAAGGAAUUGUUGGCUGUAAAUGUGCAAAUGUGCACUAACAACCUGGCUCAAUAACAACCUGGCUCAAUUUUAAAGGCAUAUUGGUAUGUGUAUUGGUGUUGUUUGUCAUGCAAUGUCUGUAUGUUCUUUUAUUAACCAAAGCUGAAAAAGUAAAAUUUACUGUAUACAAGAUUUCUUUAUAAAUAAAGUUAGUAUAUUGAGAGAAAAAAAA